AUGCCGUUCAUCAAAGUUCAGAACAAGACACUGUUUUACGCCCAAGUGGACGCUGAAACAGCCUCAAAAGAUGGCCCAGUACUGGUAUUCAUCCAUGGCCUUGGGUCGUCUCAUUCAUUUUAUGUACCUGUCAUGAACCAGCUUGCGACUGCAGGAUACUCAUCAAUUGCAUUGGAUGUCUAUGGCAGUGGUCUUUCCACCUUGUCAGAAGGGGUAGAAGAUCCUACAUUUGACACAAUCGCGAGUGAUGUCAAGGCUUUACUGGAAGGAUUAAGCGUUCGACCCGAAAAUGCCGUCGCCGUUGGACAUUCCAUGGGCGGUAUCAUUGUACCAAAGCUCGCCCUGAAGUGCAACCUUCGCGGGUCAGUUCUCAUUGGCCCUGUGCUGCCAAAGCCUGCGAUGGCCGAGAUCUUCAAUACCCGCAUAGAGACAGUCAAGAAAGAAGGAAUGGAGCCAAUGGCCAAGACUAUUCCCUUCGCUGCGACAGGUUCAAAAGCAACUUUGACACAAAAAGCAUUCAUUCGAGCUCUGUUGCUGUCGCAAAAGCCCGAGGGUUACAUUGCCUUGUGUCGCGCGAUUGCGCAAGCAGACUUGCCUCCCUACGCAAACAUCAAAUGCCCUGUGCUUGUUCUUUCUGGUGAAGAGGACAAAACAAGCCCGAUCCCGGAUGCGCAGAAAAUAUUGAAUGAUUGGGGUUGCGACGACUCGUUCAAGAGCAUACAUAUUUUGCCUGGAGUUGGUCACUGGCACUGUAUUGAAGCAGCAGAUGAGGUCGGUUCUAGAAUACAAGAGUUCCUAUCCAAAGUGGGUUAA